UUUAAUAAACUAGCUAUAAGUGACAUCAAUUAUGAUUCUUGCCUCAGUUGGUUAAAGAAAUAUAUGCGAUUUAAAAUUCUACACAUUCCUGCGUAUUCGUGGGUACUACAUCAGGUUCACGCUCGACCUGCUGUGUCGAAACUACGCUUUUCUGGCUCCUUUAACCAUUUUUUGUGGAAAUCUGACCCUAUUCGUGAUAUAUCCGUAUUAGCAAUGAAGAUAGGUACUCACAAUGGUUGUUUCCACUGUGAUGAGGCCUUGGCUGUGUCAUUGUUGAAGUUACUUCCAGAGUUUAAGGAUGCAGAGGUAGUUCGUACUAGGGACGAAUCCACUUUAUCUCAAUGUGAUGCUGUUGUCGAUGUUGGUGGCAAAUUUGAUCCUGCUAAACUAAGAUUCGACCAUCAUCAAAAUGAAUUUGAUGAAUACUUUGACGAAAACCACACUGUAACUCGUUUAAGUUCUGCAGGAUUGGUGCACAAGUAUUUCGGUAAGCGAAUAAUUCGUGAGGUAUAUGGUAUCACUGAUGAAACUGACAUAGAAGAGGUAUACCAGCGUGUCUACAGCAGCCUAAUUGAGUCAUUGGACGCUAUUGACAAUGGAGUUGCUGUUGCUGACGGCCCUAUUAAAUAUGAAAUUAGUACACAUCUAUCGGCUCGCGUUGCACGUUUGAAUCCUUCUUGGGUAGAUGUCGACGUUGACGUCGAUUCUCGAUUUCGUGAUGCCAUGUCAUUGACACUAUCGGAGUUUGACUAUUAUGUUCGUAAUACUAUUGAUGUCCACUUGGCUGCUAAAUCUAAAUUCGAGGAGGUCUACCGUAAUCGUUUCAAUGUUCACGAAUCAGGCCUUGUGAUAGAGACUCCUCGAGGCAUGCCGUUUGUUCAUUUGCUCCACAGCCUGGAAGAGAAGGAGCUUACUCCCGUGGAGAAGCGUGUUGCUUUUUAUAUAACAUAUGAUGAUGCUACUAAGCAGUUCCGUUGUAGCUGUAUUAGGGAGGCUGAUCAGCAAUUCACAUCUCGUCGUCCAUUUCCCAAGCGAUUAUGUGGUCUUCGUGAUGAAGAUUUGGUUGAGGCAUCUGGCAUUGAUGGUCUAACCUUUAUCCACCGUGCAGGUUUUACUUGUGGCGGAUUAACUAAGCAAUCUAUUCUUGAGCUCAUCAAUUUGACACUAAAGGAAGGAUGAUUUGGUUGAGUCACGUCAACAUAAUCUUCAAUAGACACCUAAUUUAUAAAUACUUGUACAUCGCUUUAUGUCAUAAUAUAU